GGACAUUGCUGGGUGGAAGGAGACCAUGUCGGGCAUUCUAUGGACUCCAAUAGCUUUGGACCAAUUUCAGUAGGACUGAUCAAAGCAAAAGCCACGCAUAUAGUUUGGCCACCAAACAGGUGGCAACAGUUGAAUUCUACAAAGUUCCAUCAUGAGGGCUGUUAGUUUCGUGAAGAGAUUGCAGUGGGAAUUACCGGGUACUGUGUGCAGACAUGGCUUAACGAUUGGAGAUGUUGAUAAUGAUGGUAAUAAUGAACUGGUUGUUGGCACUGCGGAAGGAGAACUUUAUAUUUUUAAGGGAUCUGAGAUAUGGCAGAAAAUCACGGGUCUUGGUCUUAUAACCAGCGUAGCAAUCGGUGAUAUUUUCAAUUACGGACGUAACGCGCUUGUUGUCAUCUGUGGUGACGGAUGGACACACAUAUUUUACAGUCCCAGAUCUGUUAAUCCUAAUACCGUAAAUGUUGCAGCUCAAAAUGUCAGCAAAGAUACAAAUGAAGACAAUUUCAAAACAAGUAACGAUCUGGUAAACUCUCAAAACUCGGAACAUGUCGACAAUACCAGUGAAGUCAAUGAACUUUCUGGAAAAAUGCAAUGCGUACACGUACAAAGAAUUCCAACCAACACUAAAAUAGUACUGAUAGCUGACGUCGAUAAGGAUGGUGCCAACGAGAUGAUUCUCGGUCUGACGGAUCGCGUUGUCAGGUCUUACAGAUGGUCGAGUAACGCUGAUCUAGGAACGGGAAAAUUGAUUGGUCUUAAUAAAUGGGAGUGUACUAAUCAAAUUGGAACUGUUACACUGCAGCAUACUGGUGAUGGUACGCCGACUCUUCUGGUAGCGCAACCUGGCGGUACGUUCAUGCGAAUUAAGUGCAAUCGUGAAGACUGCCACUCGAAGGAUGGAUCCUGCGAGGCUGUAGAUUAUCAAACAUUGGGAAUAUCCAGGAUGCGCAAUCAGAAUAUCUCGACAGAGAUCAUCGGAGAUCUCGAACCGGGAAUGACGCCGUUCAUUUCGACGCUCGAGCCUAAAGUGUCCAGUUACGUGCCUAAAAACAAGUUGCUGAAGCAGAGUUUCGCGGACGAUAGCCAACUAGACAUAAAGACUUUCAAACCCGCGUCUCUCGAAUUUAAGAGGAAUUACUCGCAGCCGGUGAUUCGGAAGAAUAGCUUGGAUAUGGCAGCCGAAUAUAGUCGAAAUUUCACGACGGACUUUCAAGGAACAGUCAGAUUUUUCAGCCCCAUCGAUUCCGGGAGCAUCGAUAAAAUGGACGGCAGUUUCAUUGGCGGUAACGUUAUUCUCGGGAAAUUUGAUAAAAAGACGACAAAAGAUACACUGUUACCAUCGUUUAAAGAUUUCUCGUAUAAUAACAACAAUAAUAAUAAUAAUAAUAAUAGCAAUAGUAAUAAUAAUAAUAAAAGUAAUACAGCUAACAUGAAUCAAAAUGAAGGAGAAGAUAAGGAUUCGGGCGAUGCAACCACCAGCGAAAGUGUUCCGAAAGGAAAACCAUAUGCACUGGCAACGCUUGACGGAACCAUUAUGUUGGUGCAAGAUGAGAUUAUUUUAUGGGCCAUGCAAGUGGAUCAUCAGAUAUUCGCUCUGUGUCGACUGGACGUUACCGGCGACAAUUCCGACGAGAUAAUCGCGUGCGCUUGGGACGGUCAGACUUACAUUCUGGAUCAACAACGGCGCAGUGUGCGCUUUCAGUUUGAAGAACCAGUCAGAGCUUUCUGCGCGGGAAAUUAUAACGUGACACCAGGAGCGUCUAGCCCCAGCCUGGUGUACAAUACGUUCAACAAUAAGAUUUUUCUUUACUACGAUGUUACUUUGCCGAGUAUGACAAUUACUCCUCUAAAUCCAAUGGAGGACCUCGAUCCUGAAGAGAUACAAAUUUUAGAGAAAUUAAUGGGCAAGUGCAGUACCAGUGAAAGGCAAGAAAAAAUGCAGCAAUUAACUGAAUGGCUAUUAUAUGGUGCUAGCAUAUAAACAAAUCAAUUUGUUAUUAGACUAAUAUAUAUAAACAAGAAAGUAUAGUUAAAAUAUGC